ACGAAUGUCAAUUGUCGAUGCUAGCGACAGUGUCAAGCAGUCAAGGUGUCAAGUAGGUGACAGUAAUCAAUUUGUUUUGUUCGAUGAAGAUAUCGACAAAGGUUUUCCCCGACAGAUACCUACUAAAAAUGAAAUAUAUCGCUUAAUUUAUUUGUACUACCGUUUUUAAAUUAAUACGAGACCGACAAGAUGAUGGAAGAUAUGCAAGAAGAGAUCCAAUUUGUGGUUGAUGAUGUAAGCAAAAUUAUUAAAGAAGCAAUCGAAGUAUCCAUUGGUGGAAAUACUUAUCAACAUAAUAAAGUAAAUCAAUGGGCAUCAAAUGUUGUUGAAGGAUGCUUGGGUAAUCUGACGAAACUUCAGAAACCAUACAAAUAUAUUGUUACCUGUACCAUUAUGCAGAAGAAUGGAGCAGGAUUGCAUACAGCAAGCUCAUGUUUUUGGGAUAAUGCUACUGAUGGAAGUUGUACAGUACGUUGGGAAAACAAGACAAUGUAUUGUAUUGUUUCCGUAUUUGGCUUGGCAAUUUAAUUGAUAUUAGUGUAUUAACAGCUUUUGACAAAUAUUAAAGAAAAGUACCAAACUUCUGUUUAACAUGUUGCAUAAAUUAUAGCAAGUACGAUAUAGAAAAUAUGAUAUCUAUUUUUCACAAUAGCUUCUUUCUUUUACUAAUAUUAUGUAUUUUUUAUAUUGCAAAUACACUAUGCUUGAAAUACUAA